AUGGAACAACAGUAUGCGCAAAUCUAUGCGUCGCCUUGGUCGGCGGUGGGAUUGGGAAUUGAUUUGUUUUUGUUGGGGUUGCCGUUGAAGGCGGUGGGAGAGCUCUGUUUGCCGUGGAGGAGGAAGGUGGUUGUGGGAAUUGUAUUUUUGACAGGCAUUUUUGCGUGCAUAGCUUCCACGCUGAGCGUUUAUUAUCGAUUCAUCAACAAACAGAGUAAUACGAAAGAUACGACGUAUGCUCUUCAGAACGUUAUUAUCUGUUCAUUGGCAGAAAUGUUCAUCGGAGUAAUUGUUUCCUGUAUGCCUGCAACAUGGAAUCUUCUCCGUCAAUGUAUUCCACAUUUCUUGGCUUUAAAAUCGAAACUCUCAUUUGCAUCGGGGAGUUUCUGGAAAAAUGGUGGAGAUUCGCUUUCGCGAGGUGAGGUUAGUUCCGAAAAGAGUCACCAGGCAGCUGGUGGAUUGCAUGACAAAACGAAUAAUUCGUUGAAGGGCUCUUGGGAGGAAGAGAGACUUGCGAAAUUGGGGGUUGAGCUUGCGAGGCUGGGAAAGGCGAAGGUGUAUUUUGGGAAGGAGAAAAGGCAUGGUUGGGCAGAUGUAGCGCACGAUGAGAGUUAUCUGCAGCGGGAUGCUUGGUGA